AUGGCGUUGGUGGCAACAUUUGUUUCUUUUCCAAUUUCCACAUGGCAAGAGAAAUCCAGAACAGUUGAGGUAGAGGAAGAACCAAAAGAGGGUGAAGAAACACCAUCAGAGAUGAGGAAUCCUAAAGAAAUUGAAAAAGAUCAAUAUAGUGAGUUUUACAAGAAGACAUUCAAUGAGUUUCUUGAUCCUCUUGCAUACACUCAUUUCACCAUAGAGGGUGAAGUAGAGUUUAGAAGUGUGAUUUACAUUCCUGGAAUGGCUCCAAUGAACAAUGAAGAUGUAGUAAAUCCCAAAACAAAAAAUAUUCGUCUUUAUGUGAAACAAUAUGAAACAGAGGAGAUUGCUGAUUAUGUUGUCAGGCUUUUCACUGGGCUUGUCACCCUUUACAACAAAACCUUGAGAUUUGGGAUGAAGUUGAAUAGAUAUCUGGACAAGACAAGGCCACCCUGA